UCCCGUGUGUCAUCUUGAACUAUAAUUAUUAUAACCGCGGUACAUAAUACGGAAAUUUUGGUUAUUCGCUUGGAUUUGAUUUUUGUUUACGAGGUUUUUGUGUUGUCAAAAUGGAACGUCGAGUCUCAGCAUCGCAAAUCGAUGAGCUACUUGACUUCUUAGAAAGUCAUCCUAGCUUAGCCAAGGGUAGUGUUGGGCUUGGGGGAAGAUCAAAACAGACAAUUGAAAGAAAGUGGGACGAAUUAGCAAUAUGUAUGAAUGCUCAUGGUACUGGAGCUACAAAGAAUGGACAACGCUGGAGAAGGUACUGUAUUGACCUUAAACAUAGGGUAAAAUCUAGAGCUGCUCAAUAUAGACAGGAUGCUACAGGUAUUGGUGGAGGGCAUGCUAAUGUGGAGAGCUCAUCUAAAGUAGAUAGGAGGAUUAUGGCUAUAUUGGGACAAGCACCAAUAUUUGGAGACACAGAGCAUCAAGUCCCAUUUGGUGAUUUCAUUGUUCAGCCAGUAGUGAUUGUGGAAGAACAAAUUGAAAAUAUAUCAGAACCAUGUCCUUCAAAAUCAGCUGUUCAGCCAGCACCAGAAAUGGAACCAAAAAUAGAAACGCCAUCUGGUGCAACAAGCCCUCUUUCACGACGCCCAACAAAGAAACGACGUUUAAGCCCAAGAUAUCACAAGAGAAUCAAUAAGGACUGGGUCAUUGAGUUGGAAGAAAAGAGGGUUGAAGCUGAAGGAAAACUUCUCAGUGCAGCACUGGUGAUGGCAGAAGCAAGUCGCAUACAGGCAGAAGCAAGUCGCAUGCAGGCAGAAGCAAGUCGCAUGCAGGCAGAAGUGGCACUAAUGCAAAUGAAAAUCGCACAAGAAAUGUCGCCAAACAUGUCUAAACUGAUAGAAAUUCUGAAAAAAUAA